AUGAAUCUUCGUUUCGGUUUAUCUUCUUUCAUUUGCAUUGUAGUGAUUAUGGCCUUGUUGCUCACCGAUAAAGUUGCGCACGCGAAGAACAAACUGAGAAGCAUUCUUGCUUUUGACAUAAUGAAAAGAGAUUGUGUGCCGGGGAGCGGUCAAGGACAAUGUGAUGUUGCAGAUCCUUGCAACAUCGGCGCUGAUUGCGUGACCGGUACAUGUGAGGGUGGAGCUUGUAAGUGUUUGCCAGGGAACAAUAAUGGGGAUUGUGAUGAUGGAGAUGCGUGCACCAGCAGCAAUGAUUGCACUAUUGGGACGUGUCGUAAUUGGGUUUGUACUUGUGCUGGGAGCGGGAUGGGUCUCUGUUUCGAUGAUUGCGACGCCACCGCUGAUUGCGCAAAUUCUGCGACGUGUACAGAGGGUUUUUGUAGUGGUGGUGAUUUUAAUGGUGGUGAUUUUAAUGGUGGUAUUAGUUGA